GAGAACUAUUUGAAAACAAAGAUUUGCAUGAAAUCAGGGCCUGCUCAUUUGAUUCUUCAGAAAAGAGAUGAGCUCAUUAACUCAAAACAAAAGUCUCAAGUGAAGAAAAAAACUGAGGUGGAGCAAAAAAACAAGAAUCAGAAGUCAGUUCAACAUCUUGCAACCACAAGUGAAGGUCCCCCCACACAGACUACUGACAGAGAUCAAGAUGUUUUGAAGGAAAGACAAACUACUCAGGAACAAUGUGUGUUGACGUCAAAGCAAGACUGCAGACCACGACCAUUUGAUCAAGAAGCUAUUGAUUUCAUAUAUGUAAAGCACAGAGUCCUGCAGCCUGAAUCAGGUGCUUUUGAUCUGAUAUCUCCAUGCCAUGAAUUUAAGUCUUUUGCUGUAGCUGCUGCUUUGGAGCGCACAAGACUCCAAGCUAAGUUUGCCAAAGAAGUUCUUAAAUUUGCAACUGGAUGUAUGAAUGUGAGAACAAAUGGUACAAUACACUUCGGUGUGAUGGACAGCAAGGAGGAUGCAAGACACGUGCAUGGUGAGAUAAUUGGUGUCCCUGUUAAAGACAAAGACAUUUAUGUAGAUGCUUUGGACUACAUUGAAAGGAGUUUCUCCUCUGACAGUGACCAUGUACGCCUGUGUGUGCGGCCUCCAAGGUUCAUUGAGGUUAUGGAUCAAGAAAGUACAGAAAAGAGGUAUGUAGUAGAGGUUGACAUUGUCCCUUCAAUAAGCAUUGUAAAGAGCAAGGUGUAUGCAGUCCGUCUGCCAAACUUCAAGGAGUCAACUAACAAAGUAGAAUUUGAGAAAGAAGCAAUUCUACGCAGAGUGGGUUCAAAAACAGAGCCAGUGACUGACAAUGCCCUAAGUGACUUUUACCAGCGAGUCAGAGAUCGGGAUGCUCAAAGAGAAGAAGCAGAUAAAAGUCAGCUUUUCAGUGGUCAGGACUCUGGCCAAGACCUCGGAAGGAAACUCAAAGUGCUAAUGACAAGUGGGAAGAAAUUCAUUGAAAAGGAGAAAUGGUUCAUACUCAUCACAAACAAAUUCAAACUGGAUGACCUUUGCAACAUUGACUGGCUGUUUAACAUGAACAUAUUCUGUGUGUUUGAUUUUGACCCAGAUUCAAAGAUAUCAGGUCUUUGUAGUAAAUACCUUCAGCAUCAUGCUCCAAACAUGCAUUCUCUGCAGAGCUAUAGGAUGUCCGGUGAUGCAACCAUCAAAGAAUUCACAAGCCAGCUGCAUUUGUUCGAGCAAACUAGCUGGAUCUUCUGCAAUGGUCGUACUGACUUCAAAGGAAGUGACACUCCAUGUGAUGAAAUGACUUGGAUCAAGACAAAAAUGACCUUCCUGCGGGAAUCUGUGUCUUUGAUCUGUAAACAAAUCUUGCCAAAAGGGACUUUCCAGGUCAUUUUUCUUCUCACAUCACCAGUUGAGAAGCCACUCUUGCACACCUUUAAUGAGUUUUUUACAGACAUGGAAGGUCAUGAAGACAUCAUCUGCAUCUGUGAAUCACAAGAAAACUUCCAAAAGUGGCAAAGCUUUGCAGAGGGGUCAUGUGGAACAGAAACUGUGAAAAAUUCUAGUGUUGUUGGGAUGAAAAUGAGUCACAUUAAUGCAACGCUCCAGCAGAUACAACCCAUCAAAACAUGUAGCAAAUACUUGCCAGUCUUUGUGAAAGGGGCAUGUCUUCUUGAAACACAAGCAGAGGAACAGAUGUAUUCUCUGGAAAUUCUGACAGUCAAUCAUUGUGAUGAAACAAGUGAAGAUUUCAUCAAUGAGGAGAAAAAAAACAUUGAACAUGAGUUCUACCGUGGUGGGAGAGUGAAGUGGUUGAAUUUCUGGCUUGCAGAAAACAAGUAUGUUGGAGAGGUAAUUGAAAGAGAUGCUUAUCGUGAUGUUUCCAAUCUUCUCCAUGAUGCUUUGAAAAAGAAUGCAGAUGAACCUCCAGUGAAAUGUAUAAACAUCUAUCAUCAUCCAGGAAGUGGUGGAAGCACUGUAGCAAGACAAGUGCUGUGGAACAAUAGGAAAGACCUAAGGUGUGCAGUUGUGAAACCUUCAUACUCUGUUGCUGUUGUUGCACAACAUGCAGUUGAACUAAGAGAAUAUGAAGAAAAAGAUCCACAGAGGUGUCUUCCUGUGCUGCUCUUAAUUGAAGACUCCGACAAAGAAUAUCUGGAUGAUCUCAGAAACGAACUAGAGGUUGCCAUUAACAUCAAAAGAAUCCAGAAUGGAACUCCGUGUUUCAUUUUGUUGAGCUGCAGACGAUCCUAUGAACCAGAAAAAAAAUGCAAGGAGUCUCCAUUGCAAAAUGUGCCCGUCACUCACAAACUCUCUGCUCAAGAAAAAAGAAAGUUUUCUGGAAAACGAGAGGUGCUUGAAGAACAAUAUGAGUAUGAGUUUAUCCUAACAUUUGUUUUGAUGAGUGAAGGAUUCGCUAAGGAUUACAUUAAACAAUUUGUGGAACAUUUGCUCGAAGGCAUUGACCAUCAUUCUGUUGUCACUUGCCUCAUUCUUUAUGUGGCACUGCUGAACACUUAUGUCCAAAACUCUUUCAUCUCUCAGUCCCAUUGUGAAAAAUUGCUUGGUUUAACCAUUGGACUGGAAAGGUUUCACCAGCAUAAGUUUGAGGAAUCACUCAGCCCUCAGGCUAAACUUGUCUUCUUGCACCUUAGAGAUGAGAAAACACACAUUAAAUCAAUCAGAAUCAUUCACCCACUUGUUGCAAAGAAAAUUCUGCAACAACUUUUGGGGAACCAACAAACCCAAAGCAGUUUGGCAAUGAAACUGCUCUGCCAGGAUGUGCUUUUUGAGCACAGAUUUGGAAGGGAUGAAUAUCUUUCAUUUUUAAGGGCCCUUUUCAUCAAGCGAUCCAGAAUAAGCAAAGGGGAUGAACGUGAUAGUUUCUUCUCCCCUUUUAUUGAGCAUGUGUGUGAAAAUGAGAAAAGCCCAGAAAAAGCAAUUGAGUUACUCAAAGAAGCGUUCCCGCGUUUCCAAAAAGAUCCAUUCUGGGCACAACAACUUGCUCGUCUUCAUUAUACUUAUGAAAAGUUUGAAGAGGCAAAACUCUGGGCAGAGACAGCAGCCAAACAACUGCCCAACAACUCAUACAUACUUGACACAAAAGGACAGGUAUACAGAAAAUGGUUCCAGGCAAAAUGCAAAGCGAUUGACACUGGCAAUGUACCAAAGACGCCUUUGAAUACAGCAGAUGCUGUGGAGACUGCACUAAAAGCCCUGGAGUGUUUUCAAGAAUGUGAGAAAGCAGCUAAUGCAGAUAUGGAAAAUGUGAACAAUUCAGGGUUUUUCUCUGAAGUUGAAGUUGGAUGCAGCCUGCUCAAACUGAUAUCUUCAUUGGAUGUAUUUGCAAACAAAGCUGACGGCCAUUCAGAGUGCAUGAAGUACCUGGUAACAGAUUACAUUCCAGAGGAAGUUAAAAUUGCCUGGGAACCAUUUCAUGGCCGUUUGAAACAACUUAACCAGACAAUGCAAGAUGCCUUGGAAUGGAUUUCAGAAGACCUAAGUUACUUCCAGACAGACAUUGAUGCAGGUGAAGAAGAAACCCCUGAAAGCUUUGAGGAGAAGUUAAGCCAUCCCCUGAAAUGGCUGGCAAAAAAAUCUUCUGAGUAUGGGAAGUACUACAGUGAAUCUUACUGUACUGCACUUCUGCAAAAAGGGCAACCCAUCCCAGCUGAUCUAACUCCUUUCCAAAAACGCAUGAUCAUCUAUCAGCUUGGUGGGGGUAACAUAACAUCCAUUCUCUCCAAGCUAACUGACCAGAGGAAUGCAGUACAUCUUCUGCAGAGUAUACUUUCUCUCUACCCCAGCAAUCCAAUAAAGGCCAAAUUUGGUCAAAGGGAUAUUGUCAAUUACAUAGUGGCCCACAUUUCCCUAAACUCUCUGUCACCACAGACUCAGAAAGUAGCACCACUGAAAGAUCUCCAGGCACUUUGUCGUCAGUUCCCAUCUGAUAAAAGGAAAUGUUUACCAAGUGCCCUGUUCUUGCUUACCUUGCUGUUCUGGCCAGAGGAUCAUGACACAGACCGUGAUAAGGAAACAAAAUAUGAAAUUGUGCAAUCUGCCAUUGUACACCUGGAAAAAGGCUACUGGAGCAAGAAGAAGGACAUUCCUCAGCGGAAAAGACGGAUUUACACCCAUUUUUUUCUGGGCAUUGGAAAUGGAUUGGAUAAAUUUGUCCACAAGAAGAAGUUUGAAAGUGUCACAGAGGGGUUCUCAGUCUCUGAGAAACGCAUGAAGUGGUUUAGGGGUGAGGCAUGGAAAAAGCCUGAGAUUGCAAAGAUGCUGAAAUGUGUUUCUGGAUGGACUGAAGAUGGGGUGGUCUACCUUGAAGGCCCUCAGAAAAAGAAGUUCAAUGUGUUUCCUCUUCAUGUUCCUUCAGUGCCUCAUGGUAAUGAAAACAUCACAUUUUACCUGGGGUUUACAUUCAGAGGCCCUGUUGCCUGCAACAUCGUUGUGAAAAAAUAGUUUGUCUUUGAACAGCUUGCUUAAGCAGGGGCCUGGUAUCCACCUCAUCACUAAAAGCAAGAACUGAUUAGAAAAAGACCAAAUCACAACACAAGGAUUCUUUUAACAGUUUGAAAGAUGAAACUAAAAAUGUUAAAGCUCAUGGUAUAAGUUUUGUUUCAUAAGAUGUAAGAUAGUUUGAUAUUUACAUUUUGCAUUUUUCUUUUUUAUAUUGUAUAUGUAAGUGCACUUAAAAAUACAGCCUGUCAAAAAAAAAUUAUGAACAUGGACGAUGACAAGGUGUGACAAGGUACAAAACUGAAUUUGUUACCCAAAAGCUCAGUGCUUCUCAAACAGGAACUUUAUGUCUGUGUUUAGUCCUUUAUCCUGAUGUUUUCACAUUGUUCACAGACAUUUUCACAGUUCAUAUUUUUGUAUACUCAUUCUAUUUUCAAGGAUACCAUGUAGAAAGCAAUGUAAUUAAGUGUAAUCCACAGGAAAUAUAUCUGCGUUUUAACAAUAAAUGUAUUAAGAGCUAAACAGCAACAUCUGUACAGUUGGAAAAUGUAUACACAGAAUGUAUACACAUAUUGAUAUGUAACAGAAAGAAAAAGUAAACAAUAUCAUGGUUGUAUAAAUAUUGAAUAUAUUUAACACAAACUAUAAAAAUCAACAGUCUGACAGGCAACAAAGGAUGCCUACUGUGCAUACAUGUACUUUUAUUGUUUGUUUGUUUUUUACAUUUUCUGCUUUAUUGAACAGUGACAGCUGUAGAGAUGGACAAGAAAUGCAGGGGAGAGAGUGAGAGGGGAUGAUAUGCAGCUUUGCUAUACUUUAAAUAUAAAUAUAUAUAUUUCUCAUAUACUUAUAUUGAAUGUGAUUUGUUUCUGAUGAUUACAUAAAACAACAUGCGAAAACAACAUGAAAGAGAAUAUUGACUCUGUAAACAUGAGUGUUCUUAAAUAUAUGUAACACAUGAAAUCAAUUAAAAAACUGUUUUUACCCAA